AUGGCGGGGGCCGACGGGGGAGUCGCUGGAGGUCGGGUCUUGGCCGAAGGAGGGGGCCCGACACGUGUGGUUGAUUCCCUGAGGUCGACGGUCGAGAUGAUGGAGAAGAUGAUUNGGCCAAAGCUUGGCCCGAGCUCGUGCAGGGCAGCCGUGAGGAGCAAGGGCGGCAGCCAGGGGCCAGCGGGGACGGCGGCGACGGCGUGCAGGAGGUCGCUGGAGGUUGCAGUGCAGCCCGCGCCAGCAGUAGUAGCUACUAGUUCGGAAACUUCUAAUCCCAAAGGUGCGGCGAUAGCGGCGGAGAGGGAGCGCGCGCUUGCUGCUCUCGUGAUGUUCCGGAAGUUUGAUCCACCAGUGUUCGACAGAGAGAAGGUCGAGCCAUGGAUGGUCGAGUCGUGGGUUGACUCGAUGGAGACCCUGUUCGAUGAUCUUUACACAUUGGAGAGGGAUAAGGUACACCUCGCCACUCAUUGUUUGGAGCGGACGGCGAAAGUGUGGUGGAAGCGUAUUAAGAGGGAUCGGUCUUCCGACCUUCCGCCGUUCGCGUGGGAAGAGUUUCGGGGGUUAAUGUACACUAACUAUUUCCCCGAUAGUGAGAAGAAGAAGCUCCAAGAUCAGUUUAGGAAGCCGAAGCAAGGUAACCGCUCAGUUGGAGAGUAUGAGCGGGAGUUCUCGCAUAUCAUCAACUGCGUCUUCGACGUGGUGCGAGACGACAAGGAUCGAGCAGAUUGGUUCGAGCGAGGACUCCGGCCGGAUAUCUACAAGGCGGUUCAUAUCUUGAAGCUUACUACUUUUGCAGAGGUGCUCGAUCGGGUGUUCUGGGCGGAGAAUGGUAACUCCUACGUCCGUGAGGAGCGUGAAGCGUCCGAGAGGGACGGGGGUAAGAAGCGAGCCCCUGAUGGUUCGGGAGGUCAGUCAAGGUCGAUGAGGCCUCUGAAAUAUCCGCGAACGCAGUCCAAGGGUCGCGGGGCUCGGCAGUGCGUCAUUUGUGGCGGUGAUCAUGACCCAAAUCGUUGUAAGCAGAAGGAGGGGAGAUGCUACACGUGUGGCCAGGCGGGACAUAUGAGUCGUUACUGUCCGGGGAGGACCUCGCCUGCCCCAUAG